GGCAGUCCAAAGUCCAUUGCAGCAACACGCUCCUUCACGUCAACCACAAGACAUGAGCAGCCUCAGAGACCAGGCUGUGCUACAGGCCAUCUUCAACCCCAACAACCCCUUUGGUGAUGAUUUCUGGCUGGAUGCAGAGGUUGAACUGACCGAUGACGAUAGCAGAUUUGAUUCAGUGCUGGUGGAACAGGCCAAGGACUUGGAGCUCCGUGGAGUGUCUUUGGCGGAGGCUGGGAAUAUUGAUACUGCUUUGGAGCUUUUUGGUCGGGCCAUCGCAAUCAUCCCCGAGCGGGCAUCUGCCUACAACAAUCGCGCACAAGCUCUCCGACUAAAGGGAGAUACGACAGGGGCUCUGAGUGACCUGGACAAAGCAGUGGAGCUGAGUGGCGGCAGAGGGCGGACUGCCAGCCUGGCCUUGGUCCAGCGUGGCCUCCUCCACCGACUCAGCCAACGGGACCCAGAGGCUCUGCAGGACUUCCAACAGGCGGCUGGUCUGGGCAAUAAGUUCGCCAGGAAGCAAGUGACCCUCAUGAACCCCUAUGCAGCUCUGUGCAACUGCAUGCUGGGCGAGAUGAUGGCCAACCUCAGAAAUCCUAAGGCCUCUACACCACCAUCAGUGUGAAGCGUUGUGUUCCAUUGGCACCAGAGUUGAAUGAGAUUGAUGUUCCUCCUCAUCUUUUGUUAAUUUUCUUUGAAAUAAUUUACAUGUCUUUGCUCCUUUUAUCACCUGUUGGGAUGCUGCCUCCCUCUGUGCUGUUGGGGGAUUCACAGUUGCCAUUCCUGGGCCCUGAGACUUGAUCAGAGUUUGCUCCAACUCCAGUCUUGCCCCCACCUGCCAUCUCCCCCUUUUGGCCAGCAUUGGUGGAGGUUGUGAUUCACCCUGCUCAAUGAGAGGAAGCCAUGGCCACCAAGCCCUGUUAGGAUCCUAGCCUAUCACAGGUUACCACACCCUUUGAGCACUCUACUAUUGGUUAUCAGACCAUGUGUGAUGGUGGCUAGCACUCUUACUUGCCAAAUUAUGUAUCAGUUAGCCAAGCCAUCUAUUAUUUGUUAAUAGACUCUGUGGAGAAGACAUGCAUCCACUGCUACUAAUUACCAUAUUCUUCAGAAGGGGAGUCUAAUCCCUUAGUUACCAGACUGCGAGUCUGCAGCUGUAAUCAAAUUUUGAAUGAUGGCCCAUCCCUCUACAUUAUCCACCAAAGAAAGGGUUAUCUUUAUUUCUAGUUUUAGUUAUUUGGCACCUAUCAAGAAUCCAUCUCUUUAAAAUGGAUUAAAUAUAAUUAAAUUCAGCUUUUCUCGCCAAACGCUGAAAAAGGAUGGACAGUAUCUGGGAAUGCCUGGAUGGACCUGUUGGGUUUACUCCUGUGCAGUAAAAUCUUUGCAAUGGAUGUUCCAAAUAAACAGUCCAGGCUUGCAGUGCCUCCUCCAUUUAAACUCAGCAUGGGUUAGAUGUUGAAUGCAUUUAGCAAGAGGAUGAGUAGCUCAGCCAACCACUCACUGAAUGCAAAAGAUUAGGGGAUUGGCAGAUGUUAAACUCCUAAUCUCCAAACAAUUAAGGAAAAGAAGUACAAGAUCUGAUGCAAUUUACUUUGGCUUGACAGGGACGUCAGAUGCAGAUGUUCAGGUUGAUCAGCCUCAGAGAACAGGAGAUUGGAUUUCUGCUUCUAACAAGGACAGAAUGGACAACUAGUUAUUUUCCAUGUUGCAAAGACCAUUAUGUUGAAGGGUGGAUUUACAAUAGAUAUUUCUGUGUUCAUUAUCUGUAGAAUAAAAUCUUCUUAUUUACAA